UUUGCCCACGCGAGAGAAGAAAAACACUCGACAAAUUUUAUCGACUCGAUCGGCUGUCGACCUCGCUGCUUUUGGGCUUUGGGGUUUCGUUGAAAUGACGGCUUGGCCGAAAGCCUCCCAAACCCCUCGACUGCAGCAAGGGAACCCAAACGCGAGCGCUCAGUCGUUGAGGUUGUUUCGGAGAAGUGCGCCGUAUCCAAGCAGGGAGGAGAGGAGCGAGGAUCUCAAGGAUGCUCUGGACAGCGCCCAGCCGUUGAGGUUGUUCCGGAGAAGUGCGCAGUAUCCAAGCAGGGAGGAGAGGAGCGAAGAUCUCAAAGAUGCCCUGGGCAGUUACAAAGAACUGGAGCAGAAGCAAAACUACAGUGGCAGUGUCAAGUAUGACGGUGCAAAGCUCAAUGCCAAGCCCGAGAACACUCCUGCAGACAGACGGAAAACCUUAUACCAGAAAUUCUACAGGCAAGUGCAGGAGGAUCAAACGGCUGCUGACUGUGUGAUCAUCUCUGUGACCAGCCAGUGCCUGGAUUACCCCAAAUCGCUAAACCAGUGCUUGCAGGAGCGUGGCCUGUCAGUGGAAAUGCUCUACCUGCAGGCGGAGUCGGGCCUGACGCAAGCCCUGCAGGAUGUCCGAGGUGUUGGCUCCCCGUUAUGUAUUCUGGUGGAGCAGACAAACGUAGCUCUGUCCUCCUGCACUGUUAUCAUUUUCUCAGAGCCCCUCAAAAUCCACCGCAACAUGCCCAAAGAGCAGGCCAUGGAUUUUGUUGCAGCAGAGCACAGGCGCGGAUUUGGGAAGGAAAGUAAACAAAGGGACCCCGCAGACAUUGCAUCCCAGGCCUCACAGUUGCUUGGGGAAUUUCUGGAUCGAGAAAAGAUUGAGCGCCACCUCGUUCCCUCGGAGAUCCGCCAGUCCCUCCAGCUGUUGUCCGAUGGCGUGCACGUUUAUGCCGAGGAGCUGGAAGCCGUCCUGGCGUUUGUCCGCGCCCGGCAAGAACACUUAAGAGCGAGCAACGGCAGGGAACAGAAGGGCAAAAUGUUCUCUUCUGGACCGGGAAAGCCGCCUCCCCUUCUGCCGACCCCGCUUGGGCCGCCUCAGUGCGCAAGUGAAGCAGGGCGCCCGCUAAUGGACUGUCCUCCGCCCACACCGAUGCCACUUUUACCUUCACCAGGUUCUCAUACGAAAACCAAGCCUCCCCCACUGCUCUCUUUGCAACAACCGCCAUCCUUGCACAACUCUUAUGGUGGCUCCAGUUUGCUAUGCAGCCCCCUCAUGCAGCCCCUCCCCCCUCGUCACCAGGGCCCAAGAGGGUCCCAUGCCAUGAGAGGGGCUCCACCCUCCCUCAAAAGUUCUCGCCCUCCACUCUUGUCCACUCCAGGUAUCCCCCGCCUGAGUGGUCCCAGACACUAAGCAUGCAGCAUCUCUGAUUUAUUUUAAAAGACUCUCGUCGCCUUUUUUAAAAAGAUCUAAGAAAAAACAAUGACUUCAACGUCUGAUUUAUUUAAUGGGUUAAUAUGUAGCUGGACUCUGUUUUUCUUUUUCUUUAUUUUAAUUUUGUUUUUUCCAAAGUGCAAAGUACAUAUGUCCAGUUUGCCUUUUUAGAUUGUGACACAGAACGUAACGAUGUGAAUUAAAAGACUGACUUCCUCAACCAUUUCUCAUGCAAUGCCUUUUUUUACAAAAACGUUUUCUUUUCAGAAGAAUGGGCCACAUUUCUUAAGAAAAACAUUUUUAGUGCAAGACAAGGUAUGGAAAAUAGGAGUAAUGUGUGCAAAAUUAGGAAGGAAAAUUACCGGUACAAAUAAUGUGCGCAAAUUAUCAAUGAGUUAAAAGAUAAGGUUGUGUCAUAACUUUGAACAAUGCAGAAUGUUGUUGAUUCAACAAAUCUUACAUAAUGUUCAAAUGUUUUAUCCUUAGAUUGUUGCUUCGUUGUGUUUGUGUCAGAUAAAUGCUUUUGGAAUUCCUCUUUGACACUAAAAGAUUUUCUGUUGAAAAGAUGCCUUCUGUGGUGGAUGGACUUAAGUUGUUGACAUUUUUUAAAUAUAUAUUUUUAAACUGUACAUAUGGAGUGUAAAUGAAGCAUUUGUGACUGUGUAAAUGUUCAAUGUGUUCAUGUUGUGCAGAUAUUGUGGGCUGGGAUUCCCUCCACCGCAAACUGAACAAAUACGCAUUUUUGUUUUUUGAGCUUCACCUCUCAAAAUAUUCAAAUCAUUAAAUAUGUUCAAUUUGUACCUGAAA